AUUUUCGUAAAAGAUUAUUUAAAAGAAGUAUCUGUGGUAAAGUUGAGUUUUUACAUACAGUAUUAGGUGUUUUACUGUAUUGAGAAAUAUACAACAUAAGAAUAAAAUUUUAUAAUUCGCAUAAAAAAGGACGUUAUCUCCGACUAUUUCCGGUGCCGCACGAGCAAAAGAAGCAAAAAUGGCGUGGCAGCCAGAGGAAAACGGCCUUCGGCAGAUUUUACAGCUUUUGAAAGAAUCACAGUCACCAGAUACAGCCACCCAGAGAGCUGUCCAGCAAAAACUUGAAGAACUGAAUAAAUAUCCAGACUUCAACAAUUAUUUAAUUUUCGUGCUGACGAAGCUGACAAGUGAAGAUGAGCCCACUCGUUCCCUGGCAGGCCUAAUACUGAAGAACAAUGUCCGUGCACACUACCACAAAUGCCCACAAGAAGUCUGCCAGUUCAUCAAACAAGAAUGCUUGAAAAGCAUCGGCGACCCUUCUCCUCUCAUCCGUGCCACAAUUGGAAUUCUUAUCACUACUAUCUCUGCUAAAGGAGAGCUGGUUAAUUGGCCAGAGCUCCUCCCUACUCUUUGCCAGUACUUGGAUUCUGAGGAUUAUAAUGUCUGCGAGGGUGCAUUUGGAGCUUUGCAGAAGAUUUGUGAAGAUUCUGCUGAAGCGUUGGACAGUGAUGCACUUAACCGUCCUCUCAAUGUACUUAUUCCCAAGUUUCUACAGUUUUUUAAGCACAGCAGUCCUAAGAUAAGGUCCCAUGCCAUUGCAUGUGUCAACCAGUUUAUUAUCACACGGACUCAAGCCCUAAUGAUUCACAUUGACUCUUUCAUUGAGAGUUUGUUUUUCCUGGCUGGAGAUGAAGAUCCUGAAGUCCGUAAAAAUGUUUGUCGGGCUUUGGUCAUGCUUGUUGAAGUGCGGAUGGACCGGCUCAUGCCUCAAAUGAACAACAUUGUGGAGUACAUGUUGCUGAGGACACAGGACCCAGAUGACAGUGUGGCCCUGGAGGCUUGUGAAUACUGGCUUUCCAUAGCAGAGCAGCCUGUGUGCAGAGAGGUCUUGGCACCACACAUAGAGAAACUGGUUCCUGUGCUGGUCAGGGGGAUGAAGUACUCAGAGAUUGAUAUUAUUUUAUUAAAGGGAGAUGUUGAGGAAGAUGACAUGAUCCCAGACAAGGAGUCUGACAUAAAGCCAAGGUUCCAUAAGUCCAAGAGUCACACACAGAAACAUCAGGAGGGAGGAGACCCUGAGGAUGAUGAUGUCUCAGAUGAUGGACUGGAUGAUGAUGAUGCUUUGUCAGACUGGAAUUUGAGAAAAUGUUCAGCUGCCGGCCUCGAUGUUUUAGCCAAUGUGUUCAGAGAUGAUUUACUGCCCAUUGUGUUGCCUAUUCUCAAAGAAACAUUGUUUCACCAAGACUGGGAGAUCAAAGAAUCUGGCAUAUUGGUGCUUGGUGCAAUUGCAGAAGGUUGUAUGAAUGGAAUGAUUCCCCAUCUCCCAGAACUUGUUCCCUACUUGAUCUCCUGUCUGGCUGACAAGAAGGCACUGGUGAGGUCCAUAACCUGCUGGACACUGAGCAGAUAUGCCCACUGGGUGGUUGGUCAGCCACACGACCAAUAUCUCAAACCUUUAAUGACUGAACUCUUGAAGCGCGUCUUGGAUGCCAACAAGCGUGUUCAAGAAGCUGCCUGCUCGGCCUUUGCCACUCUGGAGGAGGAGGCCUGCACUGAACUAGUCCCUUACCUUGGUUUUAUCCUGGAAACUCUGGUCUAUGCUUUUAACAAGUAUCAGCACAAAAAUCUACUCAUUCUGUAUGAUGCCAUAGGAACACUAGCAGACUCUGUGGGGCACCAUUUAAAUAAGCCGGAGUACAUCAGUCUAUUAAUGCCUCCGCUGAUUCAGAAAUGGAAUGUGCUGAAGGAUGAAGACAAGGAUUUGUUCCCAUUAUUAGAGUGUCUGUCGAGUGUGGCCACAGCUCUGCAGUCAGGAUUUCUGCCAUAUUGUGAGCCAGUGUUCAGAAGGUGUGUUUCUCUGGUUGAACAGACACUCACACAGAGCUAUGCUAACAUGACUAGCCCUGAGCAGUUUGACCCACCAGACAAAGACUUCAUGAUAGUUGCUCUGGAUUUAUUAAGUGGACUCGCAGAGGGCCUGGAGCACCAUAUAGAGGCCCUGGUUGCCAACAGUGGUAUCCUAAAGCUACUGUUUCAGUGUAUGCAGGUGAGGUGCAGCUUGGCUCCACUAGAGGACCCAAUGCCAGAGGUGCGACAGAGCUCUUUUGCUCUUCUAGGAGAUCUCACUAAAGCAUGCUUUCAGCAUGUCAAACCUUUUAUAGGGGAUUAUAUGCCAAUUCUGGCCAAUAAUCUAAAUCCAGAAUUCAUAUCUGUGUGCAAUAAUGCUACGUGGGCAAUAGGAGAAAUCUCUAUACAGAUGGGUGCUGAUAUGCGUCCAUAUGUCCAAAUGGUGAUGACCCAACUCGUGGACAUAAUCAAUCGCCCCAAUACUCCCAAGACCUUGUUAGAGAACACAGCCAUAACUAUUGGUCGCCUUGGUUUAGUAUGUCCACAAGAAGUCGCCCCUAUGUUACAACAGUUUAUCAGGCAAUGGUGCACCUCGUUGCGGAAUAUCCGUGACAAUGAGGAGAAGGACUCCGCGUUCCGUGGUGUGUGUCAGAUGAUCAGUGUGAACCCUGGUGGAGUAGUCCAGGAUUUUAUCUUCUUCUGUGAUGCUGUGGCAUCCUGGGUGCACCCCAAGGAGGACCUCAAGAAAAUGUUCUGCACGAUAUUACAUGGGUUUAAGAACCAGGUCGGUGAAGAAAAUUGGCGACGCUUCUCUGACCAGUUUCCCCUGCCACUGCGAGAGCGCUUGGCAAUGCAGUACAGUGUAUGACCAGGGCUUCUUAAGGAAGGGGGAUUCAUCACCGAUGACUGCAACUGGUGCAGCAUAAGUCAUCAACCAGGGUGUUAAGCCAGGGCAAUGCUACUCUGGGAAGGCCGGGAGGGAACAUCCGUGUUUUCAGGGAGGCCGGGAGGGGCACCAUGGGCAAAUGUCCUUUCAUCACAAACUUCAGGGAGGCCGGGAGGGGCACCAUGGGCAAAUGUCCUUUCACCACUAACUUCAGGGAGGCCGGGAGGGGCACCACACACAUGUCCUGACACCACAAACUUCAGGGAAGCUGGGAGGGACUCCAAUGGGCAAGAGUGUGAGAGAGAAAAAACUUUGUUCUGUCACCAAAAUAACUUGAGGGGAGGUUGGGAGGGACAUCUACCAGGACAUUGUGGUGAGGGAGGGUGGGUAGUCACACCAGGACCUCACUGAUAUAUGUGUGAGGUUAUCUACUGAAAGGUACUAAGGUUGAAGAUCCAUCAUCAUUCUGCAUGCUUUGUGAAGGUUUUACCUGCUUCGGAGCAAGUGCUUAAGUGAGGUGCAACUCUGUCGUUUCCAAGUCUGUACAAAAGACGUGUUUUAAGUACUUAGACACCAUGAAUGAAAGUGAAAACAACAUAGAAAGUUGACCUAUGAAGGUCUGAAGUAGGCCACAAUGGUUGGGAAUUAACAGGAAUCUGCAGAGCAUCUUGCUGAACUGGUUGUCAGACUACCACAUUGUUAUUUCUGUAGCAGAGGUUCUAUGAACCAAGAGAAUGAUUUGCUUGAUUUUUGAGCAUUGGGUUGUUUUUAUGAAUUACAAGGAAUGUUAUCAGAAGAAUAUGUAGAUGUAGGUGAAAUCUUUUGAACAAAAUAAUACUGCACAAAUGGGAACUUGGGAUUAACAUUGGGGAUAAAACUUUUUAGGGUUAGUUAUUACUUGGGUUCUCACAUUUAUCAAAACUGAUGGUCAUGUAAAUGUAGAUAUAACAUAAAAUCAGUCAAUACGUCAAUAGAUAGCUUAGUAGUCCUGUGAAAUGGGUGGCCUUCACUUCUUUAGCUACCUCUUGCUAUUAGGACUUAAAAGCUAUAUAAAUAAUGACAUAGAUAUUAGUUUUUCCUUAAAACAACGUGUAGUAAAGCUUUUAGUACAAUUUAAUUUCAAUUUAAAAACUAAAAAGCAAUUGCCAUUUAUUGUCAAAGGGGUAAAUGGUUUUAUGUUCUCUGAUUGGUUUGGAACUUAAUUUCAUAUCAAACAUGAUGAAUUCUUAUCAUAUUGAUGUCAGAUACAUUAGUUUCUAUAAUUGGCAUUUUCAGGAAAUUUGUCGAGUCUUCAUGAGACUUCAACAGCAAUUUUGAAAGUGAACCACAUUUUACAAAAAGGGUAAUACCAGUUUGUUUUAAGAACAAGCCCUUUCAAAUAAAGUUGGUUUACCAAAGGCAGUCAAGUCACAUUUUCAUAAAAUCCAUUAGCAUAAUGCAUUUUGUUCUAAGGAUUAAGUUUUAAGACCUAAAAAUGAGGCAAGAGGCCUUAGUGCUUGGUGAAAAGUUAAAUUACGUAGAUUUUAAGCAAGUUAAGCUAAAGUUAGGUUCUUAGUAGACAUAGUUAAGGCUGAAUUUCAACUUGAUGUUCUUUGUAAAAGUGUCCAUAUGCAGGCACACCAGAGCUUGUCUGUAUGAAAAGUAUUUUCCAGUGAUCUGUUUUGAAAUUUUACAAAACUCAGUAUUUUUCUGUUAACUUUAGAAGAAUGAAAUGAGCAUUAACUACAAGUUUACUAUUGUUGCAGAAAGAGGAGACAUUCUCUUGAGGCAGCAUAGGGCCAAAUUUCAAUGAGUAAUGAUUUUUCCAUCUGAAAGUAGAACUGAUUAUCCCUUUUUGAACUGGUUUAUGUUACCAAUGUUAAUAUUUAUGUACAAGUCAAAACUUUCAAAAAAAUCUUUAAGGUUCUUUAUAUUUCUCAUCCUUUUGCUGCAAGUUUUCAAUUGGAAACCUAUGUUCUGCUACUUAGCAAUAUCUUAUUAAUGUAACUGUUACUUGCUGGUCAAGAUUAUAACAUUUACAUUUGAUAUUGUAUUGUAUUUCAAAUCAUUGCAUUGUAGCUCUUUUUAAUUUUCAUGUCAAAGGUGCGAUUUCGUAAUUCUGUUACACUCAAUCUGAGCAAUAUGUCAAUACUGUGAUUUUGAAGACUAGCUGGAGUUCGUGAUGUGGGAGUCUUGUAAAUUUUUUGAUGACAUUUUUAUUCUUGAUUUUUUGGAAGAUGAUUAUAACCAUUGUUUAUUUUUCAAAUUUAUAUAUAUUAUUUGUAAUUGGCUGUUUUCUCUCAUCAGUAACCUACAUUAAGAGUGAUUUCUGUUCUGUUUUACUUGGUUUCUUUUCAUGAAAUUUCAGUGCCCCCAACUCUGAGCUUCAGACUCGUAACGGAGUGUUUGCAUCUGUUAGAUAACUAACCUGCUUCCAGUCUUUGGCCUUUGCUUACAUUUAAUUCAGUUCUAUAACACCUAUUGCAAAUGCUCAUUCUGCUAUCAAGUCCCCACACUUGUGGUGUGUGGCUAAUUAUUUGCCUGUGCUCCCACAAAUGUGAAUUGGUCAACAGUAGGUGGUAUUUACAACACAUUAUAAGUGUCAUAUAGUAUAACUGAUGGUAGCUUACCCUACACUUCCAUUAGCUAUCAGCAUGCAAAUGGUUGUCAAACAUUUGGUAAACACUUCCAGUAAAGGUCAGUGUAAGCGGGCAAAAUGUAUAUUUUUAAAAUUAACAAGUCAACCCACAUUGGAUUCUGAAGCUCGGGGUAGUGCUCCCUUUCUUUUAGCACAAUAACAGAAUAAAAGGAUAUGGUUUUAAAACUUAUAACUGUCUGGAAAAAUUAUAAUGAAACAGAGUGGUUAUUGAUCCCUUGGUAUACCAAUCCACUUGUUAAAAAGCUUUUGGCCGUUGAGUUACAGUAAUUUUCACAAAUAAGUUAAUUGCAGUUCUGCAUAAUCAAUAGUUAAAAGCAGGGAUUGUCAGUGGGUUAACACAGGGUUGUUAUUGCUAAUUUGAAUGAGAUGUGAAAAUGUGAUAUUGGACGUAAGUGGAAUGUGUUCACCAUUACUUUUGUCUCAAAAGCCUGCAUGGGUAACAAAGGUUAUAUAGCUGGUGAUUACUAUAAGUACAGUAAUUUAUUAAUGUCUAAGAAAUUUAUGGACAAAAUAUUUUAGAUUUUCUGUAUACAGUAGUUAAGUGCAUGCGUAAUAAACUGAUAAAAAUUGAAAAUACUUA